GACCCGCUAACAGUCCCUAUGUCCGUUCGAAAAAAAAUCAAUUAGAAUCAAAUUUGGUUUCUAAAAUGGUGUCCUGUAGCAUGAAGUGGUGUGGCAAAUCAACUAACAAUUCAACAUAUAAAAAAGAUGGAAUAACAUUCCACAGAUUUCCGAAAUCACCGUUAACUAAAAGUAAGUGGAUCGACGCCACGCACCGUGGGGAGUCGUGGUUUCCGAGCAAAACAAGCGUUAUUUGCUCAAGACACUUCACUGCUGACUGUUUUCACCAAAUAACAAACAAUCGCAAACGGAGACGUCUAUUGGACUCUGCAGUACCCACCUUAUAUUUGCCGAUUUUGGCAUCUGCUCCAGCAGAGGUAGACAUCGAAUAUGCCGUGGAAGCUGAUAUACCAGAACAAUCCGACGCUCAUGUAGACACGGCUCCGAGUAUAAACAAGGAUGAUUUUACUGGGCAACAUUUCAAAACUGCAGUUGCGGUUCUAAUACAAGAGACUGUUAAAGAUGAAGAAGGCACAUCUUCAAAACAGAAUGACGAUCAUACGUUGCAAGCUUCAAAAAUGAAGACAUCACCUCAACAAGAAAACGUCAUGUUACAAGCACCUACGAGAAAAACAUGCCAAAUCUAUGAUCCCGAUACACCAUCAGCUUAUGAUACUCCAGUCGAAAAACGACUCUGUAGAAGAAUCAUCGAACUAAAAGGCAAAGUGAAAGAGAAGAAUUUACAAUUGAGAAAACUACGGGAUUCUAACCGAAGGCUUAAACGUCAAAUUAUUUCAUUAAAGUCGCGCAUGCCCUUAGUGGAAUCGGUGAAAGAAGAGAUUAUUACACCAGAGUCAGACCCCUUAGCAUAACUUGCCUUUUGUCGCGCGCGUGUCCAUACAAUCAAGCGCUACUUCAGGUAUGGAGUCGCGCGCGACAAGGCAAGUUGUGCUAGAGGGGCAGAUACCAGUUUAAUGCUCGAUUCUUGAGGAGUAAAGUUUCGUGAAAUCGUUGAUCGGCGAAUACAAAAAAUAAACUACUACAGAAGGAAGGAAGUAAGGAAGCCACUACAGAACUUAACUACUAGAUAAUUAACAACCUCAGUGCUGGUCAAACGAUUAUAAUAAGCCUAAUUAGUAAUUAACUUUAAAUAGUAUGUACCUAUUAAGAAUUGCCAUACCCUACCAGGGUGCCAUGUGAUCCUAUGUACUUUUAAGUUAUAUGCAAACACCUUUGUAACCAUGGUUCGCAAUAAAUGAUUAAUUGAUUAUCUUAUCUUAUCUUAUCAACUUUCCAAUGA